AUGGGCAAGGAAUUCACUUUGUAUAAACGCAACUCCUCAUUUUCAUUUAUCCCACGCUUCGUAUCACCCACGCAAAUGAGUCGUCCAUUCGACGAGCGCUGCGAGUCGAAGACAAGUCCCCUAGUUCUUGAUACCAGAUACAAAGUUCCGCGAAACUGGACACCCUCUAGCUCUCCUAAUGACUCGUCAUCCUCCAUGGACGAGCCCUGUUCAGGAUCACAGCUCUCCGUAAUAGUCUUUCCAGACGUAGGCGGGGAUUCCUUCGGCGUUUCUGAUCUCGCGUUUGAGGAACCGCUUUCUGAAUGUCUUACCAUCACCUCGGGACGGAACCAACGAAAGAAGAGCCUUAAGUCUUCAGCUGUAAGUUUUGUGACAACUGCCAUGCAGAAGGAAACCGAACUAGAAUGGCGAGAACGAUUAUUGCGAGAACAAAAAGAGGCCUUACUGGGGCUUCAAAGCGAGCAUGUGGAAUCCCUUUCCAAUUAUGGAUCCGACGAAUACCUCAAGAAGCGCAACAUAGUGAAAACAUCUAGCCCAAAUUUCAGCAUCGGCCGAGUAUCGCUCUCACGUCAACGGACUCCCGCCCCGAACGGUUUGGAGACGGCAGUAUGCCCAGGUAUUGACAUACCUCCGAGUCUGAGCGAUGCAAUCGAUUUUAAACAGAGGAGGCGUGGAAUAGUUGGAAAGAGACAACCAAUACAGCCAAUGCACCCUGAGUUGCUUGGUGAUGACAAUUUUGCUCCCGGAAAAGCUGGAUGGUUUGCAUCUAGAGAAGAAGUGUCAGGAGAAGAUGGUAUCUCAUCAAAGCUUGUCACUCCAAGCAGCUGUAGGAAUGCUCCUUUGAGUUUCGAAGUUGCACUACAAGAUGAAGAAGUGACAUUGUCGCGACGCGUGACGGCUAUUAACUUUCACAAAAAGUUUGAGGACAUCGUUAUCUCUGCUCACGGUGAGAGGUCGGAUGGAAAAAUCGGUGGAGACCUUGGCACAGUCGCUUUGUGGGCACUUGAUGGCGGUCGCGGGGUACUUCAGAGAUCCCUUAGUGCCAACUCCCCUGUGACAGCAAUCGAACUAAUGGAAAUCUCUCCAACGUUGGUUAUCGGAGGGACGAGAAGUGGAAACAUCGUGAUGUGGGAUACGAGAGUGAAGAGCUGCCUCCCCAUCAACACAUUUGGAAAUGAGGCAUGGGACCCAAUUUGUUCGCAUGGCCGGGAAAUGGUGACAGAAAUCAAAACGUCAUCGACCGUGUCCCCAAUUUUUUUAUCAUCAGCCACAAGCGGUUAUUUAUACAAAUGGUCACUGUCCAAGCCGGAUAGCCCAAUCACGCGAACGAUAGUACGAGAUGAGAACGGGGCAGCAGAAAUGAACAUUUCAUGUCUAGAUUUACCUCACAAUGCGAGGCUUUAUGGAGAGGAAUCGAGAGGAAGCAAUCGAAGUUUUUCAGUUUUUGCGGGCGGUAUGGACGGAAGCGUGAAUCGACUAGAAGGAAAGGGAACGUCUUGGACGCCCGAGACGAGCUGCGGCAAGCAUGAAGCGUCAGUGCAUGCAAUCUCUGCUCAUCCGCUCAGCAGUCGUUCAGCAUUUCUCAACGACGUGGUCAUCACCGCGUCAGCUGACUGGACGUUACGGCUGUGGCUUUACCGACGGGGACUGGGUUGCAAGGAGCUCGGUAAUUUUGAUAUGAUGGAGAAUGGUGCGGUUUACGACGUCAAGUGGAGCUCGCAGCACGCCACGGUGUUUGCUGCGGGGGAUCAAUCUGGGACUUUGAGUCUGUUCGACGUGAGUGGUAAGUUAGGCGGCGAAGGGCAGACAGAGUACCAGUUCAAAGUGCCGGGGAGCGAGAGUGUGGGGAUUUCCAGAGUGCAAUGGGCGCCGAAUAGCCGAUAUGCCUUGGUUACAUGCAAAGUAGAUCGGUUGCGGGCGCGAAGAAAGCACAUUUUAGUGUUAUAUUGUUUAGAGAAGCCCUACAAAAAUGCAAAUGAGCACAUGAACCGAAGAAGAAAGUUUGAGGGCUAA